AUGCACUCGCGUCGACCCGAAACCUUGAAGAUUGACAUCUCCAAGUAUAGGGGAGUCGAAGAGGACUCCCUCUUGAGAUGGUUCGUCGAAUUGGAUGAAGCCAUAAGGGCGCGUCGCAUCGACGACGGGGAAAUGCAAGUUGCAUUUGCCCAGUCAAAUCUGGCAGGACGUGCCAAGACUUGGGCACUGGGGCUCAAGUUGCACGACCCAUAUGCGUUUGGGUCGUUGGAAGUCUUCACCGCGGCUCAGACAAACGUUUGA